AUGAAGUUCAGAUUGCCCUCCAUCUUUCCGGCUGCUGCCAUCGAAGAAACAAGAGACAACAAGGUUCCCGUAGACGCAGCCCUUUCUAACGACGAUGAGAAGCGUGUGGCACAAGACAAUAGCACUGUCAUGAGUACUAAAGAAGAAAUUCCUGCUCAAGGAAGUGAUGCUGCUAGUGAAAGAGAUAGUACCGCCGAGUUUCAGUAUGGUGUAAAAAGUGCUCAAGCUGCCCUGCAAGUGUGGACAAAAGCUCAUUUGAUUUGGGCAUACGGCUUAAUUUGGACCAUCUCGUUUGUAUUGGCAUUGUCCUCCGGCAUCAACUCAACUCUGACGCCCUAUGUCACCUCGAAUUUCAACGAACACUCCUUGACAGCCACAACACAGGUUAUUUCCAGCAUGAUCUCAGGUCUAAUCGUUCUUCCUUAUGCAAAGUUCAUCAAUAUCUUUGGUAGACCUCAAGGUUUUGCUCUGAUGGUAGGAUCAAUGACAGUGGGUCUUAUUAUGAUGGCAGGUUGUCAAAAUGUCACUACCUAUUGUGCCGCACAAGUGUUUUACUCGGUCGGUUCAUCCACUAUCAACUUCUCCAUGACCAUUUUUAUUGCUGAUACCACCUCUCUCAAGAACCGCGCUUUCAUGAUUGCCUUCACCGCCUCUCCUUGGAUUGCUACUGUAUGGGCAUAUGGCCCCGCAGCUCAACGUAUCUUGGAUACAAUUGGCUUUAGAUGGAAUUUCGGUAUUUGGGCUAUUGUCAUUCCCAUUGUCUGCUCUCCUCUGUGCGGUUUGUUCUACUACAACUACCUCAAGGCUAUUAAAGCUGGUCUUAUUGUCAAGCCUAAGAGCAAUAGAACAUUUGCCCAAUCUUGCUAUUACUAUGCAGUAGAGUUUGAUGUUAUUGGUUUGCUUUUGAUCUGUGCUGGUCUUGCCCUAUUCUUGUUGUCAUUCAACUUGUACUCUUAUCAACCCAACCAAUGGAAGUCGCCUUUGAUUGUGUGCUUUUUGGUUUUCGGAAUUCUGCUCAUGAUAGCUUUCGGCUGUUGGGAGAAAUGGGGAGCACCAAUUACCUUCAUUCCUUGGAGUCUGUUGAUGGAUAGAACAGUGUUUUUCACCUAUACCAUGGCUGUCAGUCUCUACCUUGCUUGGUACCUGUGGGAUAGCUUUUUUUACUCUUACCUGAUUGUCGUCUACAACCUGGAUAUCAGUCGAGCCACUUACAUUACAAACAUCUAUACCAUUGGUGCUACUUUUUGGUCUCUUGUAAUGGGUCUUGUCAUCAUGUACAAUGGUAGGCUAAAGUGGCAGGCCUUUUACUUUGGUGUUCCCAUCACAAUGCUGGGUGUUGGUUUGAUGAUCAUGUUCCGCCAACCCGACGUCAACAUUGGCUAUAUUGUUAUGUGUCAAAUCUUCAUUGCUUUCGGCGGUGGCACUUUGGUCAUCUGUGAGCAAAUGACUGUCAUGGCUGUCUCAUCCCAUCAAUUUGUUCCUGCUGUCCUGUCCAUGGAGAAUAUGGUCAUCAGUAUUGGUAGUGCUGCUGGAUCCGCUAUUGCUGGUGCCAUGUGGACCGGUAUUUUCCCUCAAAAGCUCGCAAAGUACUUGCCUGCAAGUGCUUUGGGUGAUUUGCAAUCCAUCUAUGGCUCAAUCACUGUUCAAUCUUCAUACGCUAUUGGUAGUCCUGAAAGAAUUGGUAUCAAUUUGGCUUACAGUGAGACUCAAAGAUACAUGCUGAUAGCUGCCACCUGUAUUUACGUUAUUACCUGGGCUUCAGUCGCCAUGUGGAAGGAUGUCGAUGUCAGACAAAUCAAGAAAACUGGCAUGGUUUUUUAG